ACUGCCGCUGCUCACGGGCUCGCCGCUGGAGCCUCCGCCGCUACGAUGCCUAUGAGCAAUGAGCCUUUGUAUGGCUCUGCGGUGCCCAGCCAGCAGGGAUACCACUCGUACAAUGGCCUCGUAGCGUCGCCGUCGCCGACGUUGGGCGUCAGGUUUGACGGCGCUCAAGAAAUGACCACCAACAAGCGGAAGCGGGACGAGCAGUCGUCGACGCUUGGCGCGGCUCAGGCGCAACAGCACCCGGUCGUCGUCGACCGCAACGUGCGCAACCAGGCAGAAAAGUUUUGGAAUACUUUGGAGCAGGAGAGGCAGAUGCAAGAGACGCUCACGGUCUCGACCGUGAAGGCCAUGGCCGAGAAACUGCUCUUGGCCAAGGAUCAGGAGAUCAUGCGGAGCUGGAGCGUGAACUGGGCACUUGGGGAGCGCUUCAGGACCCUCUACAGGGAGGCUCAAGCGUGGCGCAUGGAUGCGCAGUCCAAGCAGACCGCAGCCAACGUGCUCCGCGCCGACCUAGAGCGGGCGCUCGCCCAGCAAGCGGCCCGUUAUGGUGGCGGUGGCAGUGGCAGCGGCAACGGUGAGGACGACGCCGAGUCAUGCUGCUGGGGCGAGAACCAUGUAGCGUUCUGCGGGGAGGUGGAGGUGGAGACGCCGGUAGUGGGGCCUCCGGUAACUGGAGUCGGCAUGUGCAAGCGGUGCAAUCAGAGCGCGCCGGUGGUGGUCAUGCUACCAUGCCGGCACCUCUCCGUUUGCGGGCCAUGCGCGGAAGCAGCAUGGUGGUGCCCGUCGUGUGGAUGCGCCAAGCAGGGCAGCAUCUGCAUCAACUUCUCCUGAUGCAAGGAAGUAAUAGUUCUUGGAACGCAUGAACCGGUGCCAGGCCGAACAUUCAUGCGUCAUUAUUUUCAUAGUUUUAGAGUCGGCAUUUUAUUUCAUUUUGAACCUUUUUCAAAUUGACUUUUGUAAGUUUUGUUUUCUUCUACUUUGUUUGUUCUCGAUGGGGAUGCUACCGCAAAGGUUCGAUGACCUCGAUAUGAGGGAUGAGUAGCCUCUUUUUUGUUUGGUUUAGGUUUCUUCUUAAGCUACUGUAUCAUUCAUUCAACAAGAAGAAAAACAGUUUGUACUACUACUAUGUCUAAGCGUUUGCGAUGAGUUACUUGAUCGCCGCAUCAGAGCGGUGGGAGAUGGUAGAGAUAGUGUAUACAGUCGUGUGAAAAUAUUGGGAAGAUGA